AACCAAAAUGUUGUGCACCCGGUACCUGCUCUGCUGCACAUUCAUUGUGUCAGUGUUAUUAGAGCUGGCUCUUGCCCAGUACGAGCACCUCGGCUACCCGACAGGCUUCACUGACCAAGUGCAGGAACAGUACACUCCCCCGCAGCUGUCACCAGACACUCCCAGGAUCCAGCUCAGAUUGGCGGGAGACAAGAGGAAACACAACGAAGGCCGUGUGGAAGUUUUCUACAACAACGAAUGGGGCACUGUCUGUGACGACGACUUCAACAUCCAUGCGGCUCAGGUGGUGUGCAGGGAGCUGGGCUACAUGGAAGCCAUCUCUUGGUCACCAUCCUCGAAAUAUGGAAAAGGAGAAGGACCCAUCUGGUUGGACAACCUCCACUGCACGGGAAGAGAAAAGACGUUGGCACUGUGUCCCUCCAAUGGGAUUGGUGUUUCUGACUGUAAACACAGUGAGGACGUAGGUGUCGUCUGCAGUGAUAAGAGGAUCCCUGGAUUCAAAUUCAUCAACACACUGCCCAACCAUGUAGAGAACCUUGAUAUUCAAGUGGAAGAUGUACGCAUACGAGCCAUCCUGUCGUCGUAUCGUAAGCGUAUCCCAGUAACGGAGGGCUACGUGGAGGUGAAGGACGGCGGCAAAUGGAAGCAGAUCUGUAACACUGAGUGGACACAGCUCAGCAGUAGAGUCAUCUGUGGCAUGUUUGGCUUCCCCGGGGAGAGGAAGUACAAUGCUAGAGUCUAUAAGAUGUUUGCACGUCGGAAAAAGCCAACAUACUGGGACUAUGCUGUGAACUGCACUGGCAAUGAAGCCCAUGUGUCCAGCUGUAAGCUGGGUCAGACUACAUCACCUAAGUCCAAUGCGACCUGUCCUGGAGGGCUGCCUGUGGUGGUGAGCUGCGUGCCGGGGAGGGCCUUUGCCCCAACAACCAUGACAGGAUUCAGGAAGGCCUUCCGACAGGAGCAACCACUGGUUCGUCUGCGUGGAGGGACCAUCGUAGGUGAGGGCCGAGUUGAGGUUUUGAAAAACGGAGAGUGGGGCACCAUAUGUGACGACAACUGGAGCCUACUGUCUGCCACUGUGGUGUGCCGGGAACUGGGCUUCGGUACGGCAAUAGAAGCUCUGUCCGGCGGUCGCCUUGGACAAGGUAUGGGCCCCGUGCACAUGAAUGAAGUGGAGUGCUCUGGAUUUGAAAAGUCCAUCACAGAGUGUCUCUUCAAUAAGGAGGCUCUUGGCUGCAGUCACGAGGAGGAUGCAGCUGUCAGGUGUAAUGUUCCUGCCAUGGGCUUCCAGGAGUCGCUGCGUCUAAGUGGAGGCCGAAACCCCUUUGAGGGCCGCGUGGAGGUGCUGGUGCAGAAGAACGGCUCUCUGGUGUGGGGGACGGUGUGCAGUGAAGGCUGGGGGACCAUGGAGGCCAUGGUGGUCUGCAGGCAGCUGGGCCUGGGCUUUGCCAGCAAUGCUUACCAGGAGACUUGGUACUGGCCAGGAGAGGUGAGUGCAGAUGCUGUGGCGAUGAGUGGAGUCCGUUGCUCUGGCACCGAGAUGUCUCUGUCUCAUUGUCUGCACCACGGAGUCCACCUCAACUGCCCAAAAGGAGGUGGACGCAACGCUGCUGGCGUCUCCUGCUCUGAGACGGCUCCUGACCUGGUGCUGAACCCACAGGUGGUGGAGCAGACCACCUACAUGGAGGACAGGCCCAUGUUCAUGCUGCAGUGUGCGUACGAGGAGAACUGUCUGUCGUCGACCUCCAGCGAGGUGCCGGCCAACACCUACCGGCGCCUGCUGCGCUUCUCCUCUCAGAUCCACAACAAUGGGCAGUCUGAUUUCAGGCCCAAAGCCGGCAGACAUGACUGGGUGUGGCACGACUGUCACAGGCAUUACCACAGCAUGGAGGUGUUCACUAUCUACGACCUGUUCAGCCUGAAUGGAACCAAAGUGGCAGAAGGACACAAAGCCAGCUUUUGCUUGGAGGACUCUGAGUGUGAUGAAGGUAUUGAAAAGCGGUAUGAAUGCGCUAACUUUGGAGACCAGGGUAUCACUGUGGGCUGCUGGGAUACCUACAGGCAUGACAUCGACUGCCAGUGGAUCGACAUAACGGAUAUCAAACCUGGAGAUUACAUUUUUCAGAUAAUAAUUAACCCAAACUACGACGUACCCGAGUCAGACUACACCAACAACAUCCUGAAAUGCAGAUGUCGAUAUGAUGGCCAUCGUGUAUGGAUGUACAGCUGCCACAAUGGUGGUUCAUUAAGCACUGAAAGUGAACAGACAUUCCCCGGCCUCCUCAACAACCAGGUGGCUCACAGGUAAGAGCGAGGCAACUGUAGAGGCAUCGGGUGACCAUUACCCAACCACCACUUCUCCAAGCGGGGGCGCCAUCUGAAGCCCACCAACGUCUCAUCCCUGCCCUGAUCAAACCAAAGUUUCAUUUUCUUCUUCUUCUUCUUCUUCUUCAUCCAUCCAGCAGCUUUCUUUGACCCCGUCACCCACUUUUCCCAACAGGAGAGAGAAUAUUUGUACUGCACUUUUCUUUCCAAACAGAGGCAGCUACAGCCAUAAAAAAAAACCUUCACAGCUCCCUCUCUGAGGCCAAAAGGGCCGCGAUGUUCUCCCUUGUACUCUGUUACUUGUCUCUGAAUGACCGUGACAUUAAUCUGUUGAAAAGUGGAAUGUUUUUUUUUUUUGCACAAUGAGUUGAGAUUGGUACAUCCCUUUGACGUAAACUUGCAACAUUUUUACCUACAGUGAUGAUGGAGAGCUUUUUUUAUUUUUAUUGUUUGAAAUCAUUUUCAGCUUCUAGACUUUAUAUGUUAACAUAUUUUUUGUUUGUGUAACACUAAUUCUACCUUGGCCAAUGUCUACCAACAUGGACAACCUUGAUGCAGCCUCAAAUGCCUUCGUUAAAUAUUUCCAAAGCGAAACGUUUGGUUGAUUUGUGGAUUCACUAAUGACUUUCUGUUGUGACUGUGCUGACCACUGAGGGGACGGAGACCUGGAGAGGCCAAAGGAAAGUUACCAUAACUUAUUUGUUGUGAUUCACCAAUUCACCAAUGACCUAUGUUGGAGUAUUAACUGUAUGAACAGUAGUAAACAGUAAUGUGACAGGGGUUUGUUACAUACAUAAAUGUCUUGUGUAAAGAUGUCAUUGGAUUUUCCAGCAAGGAACCUAGCUAGCUAGGCUAAUGAGUUACUGAGUUAGCUUACUGACAAAUAAGGCCACGUGUCCACCUGGCGUUUUUAUCUGGGCAGAGAAGCACUGGCUGUGCACUCAGUAGUGCUUGGACGAAGUGCUCCAGAAUAUAAGCGCUGCACGUGCGUGUUGUCUCUAUGACAACCAUCAAAACGGCCGCUGUAUGACUGACAAUGCUCUUUUGCUCUUUUCUCCAGUUUUCUCCUCUUUCAUAAUACUUUUUCACUGAAGGAAUCUGUGUUAAAUUGUGAACAAAAUACCAGAAGGGAAGUAAUCAGACCGAUAGUGGAGAAAAAAAAAGAUUUCCUGGAGCUGUGACUGACAGCAGCUUGGGUGACUAGCAUGUUUGUCGUUGGCUCACCAGGCAGCUACGAUAGUCCACACACUAUCCCUUAGAGCAGUGGUUCCCACCUUUAUUUCCAUUUGAGCCCCCUAAUAAAAAAUUAGUAAUGUUUUUACAUGAUUUUAUUUAUUAUGAUCAAAAUUAAUUUUGACAUGCUCAGAGCAGACAGAGCCUCGCGACCCCCUGAGUUCUCAGGCAUCCCCCCUAGGGAGGCCCAGACCCCAGGUUGGGAACCAAUGACUAAGAGUAUAGUCAACUGGAAAUUUUUUGUGGGUAUGCCAUCCUUAACCUGUUACUCAGGCUUGGCUGCUGGCCAAGUAUCAUCUUUUCAUAUAGAGCCAAAUUCCCAGCUCCCAUGACACUUUCCAUGAAGGGAAGGUUUUACUGUCGUCAUAAUUAAAUUGACACAGACCCAACAACUUAACCAUGGAAAGAUCUGUUGGAACUAGCUGAAACCCUGAGCAGAACAGGAAUUCAUGUAUUGGCAAUGAGCCUACUGAGGAUAGAGAGAGACUGAGAGUUAAUCAUAGAAGAAGAAACACAGCACACAUAUAACAUCCAAGGUAAGCUGCAAGAUGAGAAAGCUCAAACUCUUGGGAAAACACAAAGUUAGAAUAAUGCAUUGACAUGAACAAAUGGGUGUGAAUAGACCAAGAGGGAAGGGUGGGAAAGUGAAGUUUAUAGCAUCAAGUCCUCCAACAGUCCGAGCCUAUAGCAGCAUAAGCAGGAGCUGAUCCAAGGUAAGCCUGAGCUAGCCCUAACUAUAAGCUACAUUAAAAAGCAAGGUUUUAAGCUAAAUCUUAAAAGUAGAGUGGGCCUCUGCCUCCCAGGACCAAACUGGAAAAUAGUCCCACAUGAUAAUUGAAUAAUGAAAAAGUUCUUCCUCCCGUAUUAGUUUCCAUACCUCACAUAAAUCUGCAUCCUGUAAGUGCAUUUUUCUAGUUUGGAUGAAGGAACUUCGAGUUCUGCAAGAUAUUAUGUUGCCUGACUGAGUUUAGAGUAAAAUUCAGAUUUUGUUAAUGAGACUAAGAAUUUUAGAUUCUAAUCCAUAGUAUUUACAGAGAACCAAGAGAGGGAUUUCCAGGGGAAAAGGCGAAAUGGUUGAUCAGAUUUAGCACAGUUCAAAGCUCAUAAACACAGCUGUUAUUAAAUUAGUGCUGUCUGACCUCUGCAUGUCAAAUAAAGUUACCAAAGCUUGAGGUGUCAGCUCUGAUGUCUCACUCUGAUGUCUCACUCUGAAUAAUGCAGACCAAAGGAAACGUCUAAACAGUGACUCUUAUAGGAUAAGCAGUACUGGUUUUAUGUGUUACUGAACCAAAGUCUUAGGCUAUCUCUUCUUCUGUCAUAGUUUUAAAAAGAUAACUCAUGAAACACUUCCUGUCAUUGUUUUUUUUUUUUUUUACAGCUUUUUUCAGUGGAAAUGAAAGCAAAUCUGCUCAAUAAUGUGUUUGUUCUACUGUGUAUAAUGGUGCUAUCAAACUGGUCCUCUGUUUUCUGAGGGUGUAGUACAUGUUGGACAUUAUGUAUACUAACUGUAUACUUGAACUAAGUGUAAUAAACUGUGUGCUUUACGUGUUGAGCCAUAAUAAAGAUCUGAGUUAUGGAGCAG